UUAUUGUCUUCACUGAUGCCUAACUCAAGUGAGCAGUCGCAUUUUGGUGGCUCUCUGGGCUAUUACGGUCCUGAAUGGAUUGAAGGCCAGAACCACAAGGCUGCAAGUCACUGUCACUACUGUGGCACCAUUGCAGGGCGUAGGAAUUCUCUGGCAUUGGGUGGGGGAGACGGUGGAGUGUGGUCUCACCAUCACGAAGACCUUGGUGAGAAACGGGAUCCAGUCCUCCAGGCCUCCCAGAUGCAGCAGGACCGGCAAAGACAGCAGCUACUGAGGAAGAACUCUGUGCCGGAUCUGAGCAGCAGCCUCUACCUUAGACAAGUGAUGGCAAACCCGGCCUCUGCUCCACCUCUGGAAUACUACCUUGCUGGCUGUGCCUUAUCUGGUCAGCCACUUGAAGAUUCUGUGUUUUAUAGGGAUAAUCAGCACCUGCUCACCAGAUCAGCUCUGCAGUAUGGGUCCAACGCUAGGGGGCUGAGGCCUACCUGGGAUCAAGGACAGGCAAGGGCCACACCUACCGUGCUAGCCUCUGCUUCUACACCUAACCCUGUUCCUCCUCCCCCUCCACCUCCUCCCCCGCCUCCUCCACCACCUCCUCCCCCUCCUGUUCAUGAGCUGAGCCGUUUGUACAGGGAAACUCUGGGAUCUAAGAUGAUCCCGGACGUCCAGCGUAUUGGUGGCAGCUCUCCUGCUCCUGCAGUCUACGGGGCUCAGCCCCCUCUUUCUAUUUAUGCCGCUGAGCCACCAUCUCUCUCUGCUCGCCAAGCUUAUAACAAUAUAAACAGCUUGUCCCUCGACUCCCGUCAGCCAGCUGCGACCAGUUCUGUGGUGGACCCAGCCUUCCAGGGAAUGGACGGAGCUCAUCCCCGGGCUUACGGAGCUAUAGCCUCCCAGAGGCUGCCUUAUGACCCAAACUAUGACCCCAGUUCAGCCAUGGUGGCUGCCACAGCUGGAAUGAUGUCCAUGCCUCUUUACCAUCCCAGUACUGUAGACCCCAAGAAGAUGGUGGACCCUACCUUCCUGGCUUUCCUGCGAGCUGAAGGCUUGGCUGAGAGCACUAUCACUCUCCUGCUGCAAAAUGGCUUUGAUUCCAGUGCCACCCUUGGGAUGAUGGAGGACCAUGAUGUCCGCUCUGUGGCCCCUAACUUGGCCCAGGCCCGUGUUCUCUCCCGUGUGGUGAUGGGUUGCAAGACAAGUGGGAUAGCACCACGCACACGAUCCAACAGCUUUAGCCAUCGCACUGAUCUCUACAUGCAGCCCCAGGGUUUGACCAUGGACCCCAGCCUGAUGCAGCAGCCUCCCACCACUCUCCAGACUAUGUCCCCCAGGAUGGGAGAAUUUCUUGGCAGGAGACCCAGCAGUGCACCCUCCCAACACCUCCUGGAGACCACCACCAACCCAGGAGCACGGCCCCUGGCAAGUGGAGCUUUUCCAGUAAGCCAUGGAGGAUAUGGCAAUGCUGUGACUCAGGCAAGACCCAGCUCCAUGUACAAUGCCCACACCGGUCUUGCCAUGUCUGCUCUUGGACAACAGCCUCCACCAGCCCCGGGCACCCCUGGAGCAGCACCAAAGACCUUCUCUGGCUCCUAUUCCCCCAUGGAACUGAUGAAGAGAGCCCCCAACCUUCCCCUAACAUCGCCGGUAGCAGCACCAAGCCCCCUUCACAGCCCCCAACUGCUCCGGAAAGGAAUCAGUGCAGCUCCUGAGAGUAUCAUUGCUCCCGCAACUUCUUCCUCCGCUCUCCAAGUGCAAAAUCUUAACAACGCCAAGAUGGUUGGACGUCGCACUGGUCCUCCCGUCAUAGUCUCAACCAUGGUCACCACACCUGACACAAGUAUUCGGCCCCAAAUCAUGAACGGGCCAAUGCAUCCACGCCCCCUGGUGGCGCUGCUGGACGGGCGUGACUGCACCGUGGAGAUGCCCAUCCUGAAAGACUUGGCAACCGUCGCCUUCUGUGACGCCCAGUCCACACAGGAGAUACACGAGAAGGUGUUGAAUGAGGCGGUGGGAGCCAUGAUGUACCACACCAUCACCCUGACCAGAGAGGAUCUGGAGAAGUUCAAAGCUCUGCGCAUCAUCAUCCGCAUCGGCAGCGGCUACGACAACAUCGACAUCAAGGCUGCUGGAGAUCUGGGAAUCGCAGUGUGCAACAUUCCCUCGGCGGCGGUGGAGGAGACGGCGGACUCCACCCUGUGCCACGUCCUCAACCUCUACCGGCGGAACACCUGGCUCUACCAGGCUCUCCGGGAGGGCACGCGGGUCCAGAGCGUGGAGCAGAUUCGCGAGGUGGCGUCCGGCGCCGCCCGCAUCCGUGGCGAAACCCUCGGCCUCAUCGGCUUCGGUCGCUCGGGCCAGGCGGUGGCGGUGCGGGCCAAGGUGUUCGGCUUCAACGUCAUCUUCUACGACCCCUACCUGCAGGACGGCCUGGAGCGCUCGCUGGGCGUCCAGCGCGUCUACACGCUGCAGGACCUGCUCUACCAGAGCGACUGCGUCUCCCUACACUGCAACCUGAACGAGCACAACCACCACCUCAUCAACGACUUCACCAUCAAACAGAUGCGUCAGGGUGCGUUCCUGGUGAACACCGCGCGAGGUGGUCUGGUGGACGAGAAAGCCUUGGCCCAGGCGCUGAAGGAGGGCAGGAUACGUGGAGCCGCGUUGGACGUCCAUGAGACGGAGCCCUUCAGUUUUGCCCAGGGCCCGCUGAAAGACGCCCCCAACCUGAUCUGCACGCCGCACACAGCCUGGUACAGCGAGCAGGCCUCUCUGGAGAUGAGAGAGGCGGCCGCCACCGAGAUCCGACGAGCCAUCACCGGCCGCAUCCCCGACAGCCUAAGAAACUGCGUCAACAAGGAGUUCUUCGUCACCUCGGCACCGUGGGCAGUUAUGGAUCAACCAGGGGUUCACCCCGAGCUCAACGGCGCCGCCUACAGAUACCCGCCAGGCGUGGUUGGAGUUGCUCCGGGCGUCAUCCCGGGAGCGUUAGAGGGAAUCGUCCCGGGUGGGGUGCCCAUCGCCCACACCCUGCCCUCUGGUACACACCCCUCCCAGGCCCCGUCGCCCAACCAGCCCUCCAAACACGGCGAAACCAGAGAGCACCUCACCGAGCAAUAGCAGCAGCAGCAGAAAGGGAAACGCGAGCGGCAAAAACAUCUCAUCCGACCUGUCGACACUCACAACCGACCUAUCGCAGCGGGGGGAAACACCGACCAACUGGGACCAAGAGACAGUGAAACGACACAACAAGCGGCUGCCUGUCACAUCAGUCAGCGGCUGGGAACAAAAAAAGGAAGUGUUCCUGGGAAUUUGUACUUUUAACGUUUUAGUUUUUACUCUCUCUGUCUCUUUGGCUUCAGUACCGACUUUACUCUUUGAUGAUGAUGAUGAUGUUUUUUUUUGUUUUGUUUUUCUUCGGGACAUGCCUAUGAUUGUGGACAGAGUCCAGUGUUUUUAGCGCUCCGGGAUAACCAGAUAAGACUCUGUCCCGUCGCCCCCUCCCCCCUCCAACCCCCAACCCUCACCUCAGAGCUCAUGGGAAACAUAGGCCCGCAUCGACACACCAACAGGAGAACAAGAGAAAAGAAAAAAAAACUUUGGCAUCAUGUGUUACUGGACCUCACCCCCACCUCCCUCCCAUCCCCUCCCCAUGUAACUAACGUGUGUUGUUUAGCCCCCCCCCCUGCCCCCCAUUAUGCCUCUGAAGAGCAUUUUUCUUUUUCUUCCUUUCAAUCUUUAGUGUGAAUGGCUUAAAAAAUGGAUUAUUGAAUUAAAUAUAUUUAUCAUUCGUCCAACAAAAGGAAGAGAUUGCUCAUCACGUAUAGUAAUCUAAGAGUGGGUUUUUUAACCCUUUCCUGGCAAGGACGACAUGGCUGCCACACAGCUGCAGUUACACGUGUCCACCACUCGGGGGCACUUCUACAAAACAGUGAGAGAUUCCUUCUCCACCUGUGGGACGGUUGCUCCAGUAUAUUGUGUGUUGUUGUUUUUUUUAAAGCUCUCCGCUGUAAACACUAAAAAAAAACACACACAUCCACUUUAUACAUUUCAUUGUGGCUGGAUUUUUAAGAUGUGAAGGUCCGGCUAAGUUUUUUUAACUUUCAUUUUUAGUAACAGAGGUUGGUGUGACCGCAUGUGAUUCUUCUGUGCUGACAAACGGACAUUUCUUGUUCGACCCCCUCCUCUCUUUUUGAGCACAUAUCACACUCGGAGGACAGGAAAGGGUUAAAAGCAUACUUAAUUUCUUAAUGACUCAGGAAAAACACUUUUUUGCAGAUAUCGUUUUAUUCCCAGAAUUUUGUCUUUGAGGAAAAAAAAAGAAAAAAGGAUAAGACUACUCUGGUUAGUCUGGAUAUUUUCUCUCUUCCCCUCAUCCUCUCCAUUGUGGUAUUUUUAUAUACAAGGCGCAUCCCAACGUUUUUGGUGUUAAAAAAGAGUUUUGAAGAGUCCUGUUAGAUUUGUAUUGCCUAGUUAAAUGUUCCUAUAACCAUAGUCCUCUGUGAUCCGACCUCUCUCUUCUCCCCCUUCUUCUAUUUUUUUCUUUGUUCUAUCGAAGGCCAGGUUUCUUUUGGGGCACCCUGUACUCUGUGAGAGCAAUAGCAGAAAAACUCCUACUUCUAGUGUCCCAGACGAUAGCAGAAAGAGGCAGCCAGCAGUAUGUUUUUGUUUUUAGUGUGAGUAUUUGUAUUUGUUUCUUGUACAAGGUGAACAUUUAGCAUUCAGUGCAGUUCAAAAAUAAAAAGAUACAAUACUUUG